ACGUUUGUCUCGUUUUUGACAGUUAAUACAGUAUUCUGCGGGUUCACGCGUAGCAGCCUGCACCUGUCGACGCUGAUGCGGGGACAGAAGGCAAUGCGUCAUGAGUUCUAAUCAGAAACCGCCUGGUGGCCCCGUGCUCACCUUCGAACAUUCUCAACUCAAUAACAAUCGGACGAGCCCCGUGAAAACCAGUGCAACAACUCGAACGAGCACUUCUAACAGUGACCUUGGUUACCAAUCUUGCGUUUCUGGGACGGGUGCGGUCAGCUGCCCAUCACGGGAACGAGGAACUUCGUCCAGCAGCUCCAGUGCUACUAGUGAAGAUAUCCAAAUAGCACCUGACGUGGCUUUUCCUCAGCGGACCAUUCCAACUUUACUGGGUUCACCCAGACGAUCUGCCCGAGAGUAUCAACCAUUACUGAGAAAAAUGGAAAUGGACAUGGUGGACAACUACUUCCCAGAUGACCCAGCAUAUUCUGAUGUUGUCAGACAAGCUGAGAGAGCAAUUGAAAUGGGCAUUUAUCCUGAGAGAAUAUAUCAGGGAUCAUCUGGAAGCUAUUUUGUCAAGAGUCCUCAAGGGAAAAAGAUAGCAGUAUUCAAACCAAAGGAUGAAGAACCAUAUGGAAGACUGAAUCCAAAAUGGACCAAGUGGUUUCACAAAUUGGUGUUUCCCUGUUGCUUUGGCCGUUCGUGCUUGGUUCCCAAUCAAGGCUACUUGUCUGAGGCAGGAGCCAGUCUCAUUGAUCAGAAACUGCACCUGAACGUAGUUCCCAAGACCAAAGUGGUGCACCUGGCCAGUGAAACAUUCAAUUACCUGCGCAUUGACCGUGAAAAGUCUCGUGCUAAAAAGAUUAUGCAUGAACGCUUCCCGAGAGUGGCUCGCCACUUCCAUCGGCUUGGUCUCCCACCCAAGGCAGGCUCAUUCCAGUUGUUUGUGGAGAACUACAGAGAUGCUGACUUCUGGUUACGCCAGUUUGAAAUUGAUCCACUCACUCCAUUGGUUCAAACUCAGUUUCAGCUUCAGUUUGAGAGACUUGUGGUCCUAGAUUAUGUGAUCCGCAACACAGAUCGUGGCAAUGAUAAUUGGCUUAUCAGUUAUGAUCCCCUGGGUGACACAUCUGCUAAGCAAACUUGCCUAGUAACUCCCCCGGAUGGCACAGAUCUCCAGAAACCUCUUGCCAAAGAUUCACCAGAGGAGGCAUUGGUGCCAGGAAACAAACCAGCCAUCAAGAUUGCUGCCAUUGACAAUGGUCUAGCGUUUCCCUUCAAGCAUCCUGACAGUUGGCGGGCAUAUCCAUAUCAUUGGGCAUGGGUUCCUCAAGCAAAAAUACCUUUCUCAAAGCACAUACGGGAUCUGGUGCUUCCGAAACUUGAAGACAUGAACUUUGUGCAGGAUCUGUGUGAUGACCUCUUUCAACUUUUCAAGACGGAUCGAGGAUUUGACAUGGCAACGUUUGAGAAGCAGAUGUCUGUGAUGAGGGGUCAAAUUCUAAACCUUACACAUGCCCUAAAGGAAGGGAAAAGUCCUCUCCAGCUGGUCCAAAUGCCAUGCAUUUAUGUGGAGAAGGCAAAGGGAAGCCUAGCAAGCCGUAUCCGAGGGUUGAGCAACAGCUUUACUCAGAGUUUCCAGUCCAAAACGCCCGUGUUCUCCUGGUGCUGAUAAUCUUUCCUCCAAUGUUGUCUUCAUCCCUUUAUCUUCCUUCUGCUCUCUUCUCACAUAAAUGGACUCUGGUUGUAUUUCAUGCAUUCCAGAGGUGUUUCUAUCCUUUUUAAUAGUUUGAUUAGCUUUACUGCUCUUAUGAUUUGUGUGUGACAGAAGAGAGAAUCCCUCUUUUGUUUCUCUUGCUUUCUCCUUGUCUGUCUGUCUGCUGCGUGCAUGGUUCCUUGUGCCUCAUAUGAGCCAGCCUUAUUUGCAAGAGAAACUGAAAAUUUCUGGUCUUGGCAAUGUGAUAUGAAUCCACAGAGUAGUAGGAGGUCCAAUAUUUCCUCCUCCAAACCCCAGAAGUAAUGAUGAAAUCAUCACAGGUCUUGCUUUCUUUUGUUACCAUCAUGAUCCAUACAGGAUGCAUAUGGCAAGUAUGAGCUGACCUACAGUUGCAGGAAGACUUUGGGUAUGCUUUGAAUGACUGUCUUGCCAUGAGAUGAUUUUCCUGAUUAGUUCUAUUUCCUUCAUCAUCCCUUCUUUCAUGAAAUGUAUACUGGUUUCAACACUUGAGGUAGGAUGUCCGAGUACCUCUGGGGUCAGGUGAUUGUGAUUCGAAAUCCUUGUACCAAUGCUUGAUUUCAUUUUCAAUAAAUUAUUUUUAAAAGAAGCUAUAUGCUUAUACAGUAAAA